AUCAUGCUGGAAAAUAAGACAAUUUCCUCUUCUGCUGAAGGUGAUCAAACUGAAAAAGAUAAUGCUGUGUCACAAGCUUUGGUCCUGGUUGGUGCCCCUACAGAAGCGGUUGAAAUUUUUCAUGAAAAUAAAAUGACAAAUACUGAAGAGGUUAAUAAAGGUCUUUACUUUAACUAUCCAUGUCGAAGACAGAGCUGCGCUGUCGUUAACAUCCCAGCGCCAUGUGUCAAUAAAAUGAUUUCACACAUUGAAGAUGUGGAGUCAAAAAUACAGGAGCAUUUGAAACAGUUUGAAACUUCUUUGGAAAAAUGGAGUAGAACUUCUUCCUCAAUUCCAAAAGAAGAUUUGAAUACUACUAAACCAGGGGAAAAAGUCAAGCCAGAAGAAAAGAGAGGUGAAACGUGUCCAGAAUUAAAGGAAGAAAUGGAGACCUUGCUGUCGGAGGUCAUCCACCUUAUCAAAAGUCUAGAAACUGAUCGAGCAGAAGCUGAACAAACUUUAAUACAACAAAAAUCGAGAAAGAAAACCAUUAUCCUAAAAAUUGACUCUUGGUCGAUCUGGAAACUUCAAGAAAUACCAUUAGCUGUGCAGAAAGAGCAUGAGGCCUUUUUGAGAGAUCUCAUAGAGCUCAGGUGGCACCUGGAAAAUAGAUAUGACCAGUUAGAAUAUUUGGAAAAGCAGAAGACGAAGCUAGAGGAAGCGAAUGCAAAAGUUCAGGCGGACAUAGACUUCAUGCAGGACCAUGCAGCUCUGCUGGAUGGGAAGCGGAGGCAGCAAGUGGAAGCUCUGCACGACCUUUACCAAAGAAAAUUUGAGGUGAUGGAGCUAUUCAAACAAGUUCAUGAAGAACUUGAACUGGUUUCGCAAGACUCUGAAAAUGCCAAAUGGCAAGUUCAAGAAAGCAAAGAUGAAAUGGAUAAAGAUAUUCAUAAGGAUGAAACAACCUUAGCAACACAUAAGAAAGAGGUUGAUAAACUAAACAAUCUGCGUAGUCACUACAGUUCAAAAAUAGGAGACGUUAAAAUAAAUAUCGAGGAGAGUGAAGAGGCAGUAACAGAAGUACUAAGGGAAGCAAAAUCAUCAACAGAUGAAGUCUCGGCUUUAUCGAGAACACUGGAUGAUCUGAGGAAGAAUUAUGAUCAAAUAUGCUGGAAGAAAAGAAAAUAUCAACAACAGUAUGUGGAAGCACUUAAUGAAUUUUAUACCGCUAAAAAAUCGUGGGAUGUUGAACUUUAUAAUGUUUCAAAGGACUUCUCUGACAUUUCCAUACUAUAUGCUCAAGCAGUAGGAGAAAAUAGAAGGCUUUCCAAUGAAAUUAUCACCAUAACAAAUCAGAUCAGUGAAAGUAUAAAAAGAAAGGUGGAAUAUGAAUCUGAAAUUCAAUCUUUACUGAAACUGACGGCAAAGAAUAAUGAUUAUCUCAAACAUCUAUACAAGGAGGCUUAUCAAGUUGGUGCUGUUUUCCAUGUUACCAAAAAUAAAACAGAUGAAAUGGAACUUAAAAUAUCAGAUGUGAGAAGAAAAUUUAAGGCCAGAGAAGACUUCCUGAAAAGAAUCAUUCGAGGGAAAGUGGCUGCUGGGAUGAUAAUUCAGAAAAAUCUCUAUGCCAUUCAGGAAGACCAGUCACUUGAGAGGCAGAACCUCAUGAAAAAGAAAGCAAUAUAUGCACUCACACUGGCCGAAAUACUGGAGCCUCUACAGAAAUUAGAAAACGAUGCUGUGAGAAUCAACGAGAUGCACAAAGAACAAGCUGAGCUUCUCAGUGAUGUAUUGCAGAAGGAAAACUAUGUUAAAAGAAAAGUGGUACAAACAAAGAAUAAAUUGCAAAGAAAGGAAAAGAAAACUCGUCAUAAACUAAUAAGAACCGAGAGCAAACGCUCAUUAAUUUUUGAAGAACUACAGGCUACUAAAAGCAAAACAAUCCUUUUUAAUGCAAGAAUACGUGAAAUGGGAAAAGAAUUACAACAGAAGAAAGAGGAACAGGAAGGUGAAGAAGAGAAACUUGAAAAUUUAAAAAAUGUAUUUUUAACUAUGAAAUUUAAAAAGGAACAAGCCCAAGCUGUGUUUGAUCAUCUCAUGGAAGAGAAAAAAGCCUGUGAAGAAAGAAUCGCUGACGAGGACAAGGCAUUUAGAGCACUCUUUGCUAUGAGGCAGAAGACCCUGGCAGACAUUAAAGAAUUACAAGCCAACUCACUGGAAGAAAAUCUACGUUUAGCUCAAGAGUAUCAAAAGAUGCAGAUGAUGUUCUUAACAGAAAAAGAUAAUUUCUUCAGAGAAUAUGGUAAACAGCUAUCACUCAAUGCUGCAGUUAGUGAUAAGAAACAGCUCUGUCAGCUGCAAAGAAGGCUGCGGGAGCAGUGGCAGGAGCACUUCCGACUGGUGGUCUUCUUCAGCCUGAUGAAGCUGGCCAAGUUCCAGACAGAUUCUCAGGAGACUAUUCAGAAAAUAUUAGCUGUGCAGGAAGAAUCAUCAAAUUUAAUGCAACACAUCUUAGACUUCUUCCAGACUUUGACAGAUGGCCUAUGCGAAAACGAUGGUUAAGCAAACAAUCAGUGUAUCUUGGAUGCUGAAAUAAAAGACAAGAAAAGUCACACAGUUCAGAUAACAGUGUAAUUGGACAUUCACCUGUUUGCCAUUUCACACUUCCAUGGACGAAAAACUCACUCACCUCCCAGCAUGCUUUGCCACUCUUUUACUUCCAGCAAAUCCAUAACAAUGAAACAGGUGACUUUCAUGCUGCUGUCAGGAACGAUCUAAUUUCAGCUCUGGGUGACUGAUUGCAAUUGGCUUUGCCUCAUCUGAUAAUUAAUCUAUGUCACCAUUAAUUGGAAGAGAGAAUAAUUACUGGCGGUGUUGACAGUGACUGUUCACUUCUCCAGAUUUCCCCGUCGGGUUGGCCCAAAUAAAGGCUUUGCAACUCAGUACUUAAAGUUUGUGCACACUGUAACAAUAUCUAUGCCCAUGUGGCACAGUCAGACGCUCUGUCUGAUGUACUUUUGUUUUUGUGUUUACCCAUCUUUUUUAGCUCACUGAGAGCUGUCUCUCUCAAUCACUCUUCAAUGUUCUAUCUUAAUUUUGUGGAAGUUUAAAGUUUUCAAUGAGCUGGAGAUGAAUGAUUAAUGAAUAAAUUUAAAUGCUUCAUUUUGUCCA